AUGCCUUCCAUUGAUACACUCUUCGAUCUACCAGACAAGGUAGCGGUAAUUACCGGAGGUAGCAGAGGUCUGGGCAGAGAAAUGUCGCUCGCCUUUGCGAAGCAUGGCGCGCAUAUCGUCAUCGCCUCCAGGAAGCUGGAUGAAUGUGAAGCGGUCGCCAAAGAGGUCAGAGCUCUUGGAAGACGUGCCUUGCCAGUUUCUUGCCAUGUGGGCAAGUGGUCUGAUUGUGACAAACUCAUUGAAGCGGCAUACGCUGAAUUCGGACGAGUAGACAUUCUAGUAAAUAAUGCUGGAAUGUCUCCAUUAUAUCCUUCGCUCGCAGAACAUACCGAAGAUCUUUACGACAAAGUGAUGGCUGUCAAUCUCAAGGGUCCAUUCCGCUUAUCAUCUGUUAUCGGAAGUAGGAUGGCAAGUGGAAAUGGUGGUACCAUCAUAAAUGUGUCCAGUGUCGCAUCUCUUCGACCAACACCCGUUGAAGUUCCAUACGGCACGGCCAAGGCUGGCCUCAACAACUUGACCAUUUCGUUGGCUAAAGCCUUUGGACCAAAAGUUCGAGUAAACUGCAUUGUCGCUGGUCCAUUCUUGACUGAUAUCUCAAAAGCUUGGGACAUGGAUGCUUUCAACAAACGUGCAGCUGCCAGCAUGCCAUUGAGAAGAGGAGGCCGUCCUGACGAAAUCGUUGGUUUGGCUUUGUACUUGGCUUCAGAUGCAAGCUCAUUUACAACAGGCGCAAACAUUCCAGUUGACGGUGGAUCAGCACUUUAG